AUGAAAGCCAAUCGCCAUAUUAGGCCGAGACCUAAGGCCCUGGAUGCUGCCAUAAACGAUAUUGCUUCCGGAAACGAUGCCCUUCCGCCACCACCACCUGCCGAAACGCCGAUUGAAACCUACAAUUAUAAUCCAGGUCUGAAGCGGACUCUCACACACAACUAUAAGUGGGACCUCGAAGACGAGGCUCGCAAAUCGCAUGGUGAUGUCCCCACAUUAGCUACUUUGGACCUUGGAGAAUCCGAUCCUGGGGCUCCGGAUCUUAUGAGGCCUCCGUUUUCCGAGCUGAGGAGGAAAUCACAGGAAGCUGCGUAUCAGCAGAUGCAGCCGCAAGCGUUUAGGCGGCGGAUUUCCUCGGCGAGACUGAGGUCUGGCUCAAGAUCACGGUCCUAUUCGGGCUCCACGCCAGGGUCACGCUCUAGGUCUGCGUCACCAGACGUUUUGUCGAUAUCUCCUGCUGAGAAGUUCAGACGCUCUAGGCUUCUUAGUUAUGGAGGUGAGAAGUGUGAGGGUAUAUUGAUGCCUGCAUCAUCUGAUGGUGUCCCCACAGAGACUGCGGAGCCUGUUUCCCCUCCUGAAGUACUCUCAAAGCCACCUUGGUUGAAAUUCAGACCUGGAAUUCAGAUUUUUGGACACCAGUCAAGCUCUGCAUCGCAAGAGGCAUUACAGGAUGAUUCUUCGACAGAACGACCUUAUCCUCACCGGAAAACCAGCUUCAACUUUGAUGAUUAUAAAACGAAUAUGUACCGCAAGAGCAUUGGGCACCGCUAG